UUUAAUAAUGAAGGGAAAAAAAACAAAAAAGGAUUAAAAUGACACUGUUCUAUUCGAUUCAAUUUCCCCGCAAACAAACAGUGUUCUUUCGAAAAGAGUGUUCUACAAAAUCUUCAAUCUCACUUAACAUGUUCUACAAAAUCUGGUGAUUUUGGGCAGUAAUCUUCGAUCAUAAUCUUCAAUGGAACAUUGAAAGGACCAGUUCUCCCUACCAAUUCAUCGUUUUAGGGAUUGGACGUUUCUCGCCUUCGAAUUCAGUUUUUCAAGCCUUCGAAUUGACGUUUCUCGCAGAUUUUCUUAGCAAUUUCCUAAUUCGAUCGCAUCUUCAGUUAUUUUUUGGGAAUUACAUGGAUAAUGAUAGAAGUUGGAUGCACAUCCAAGGGUUUAAUGGAAGGAAACAAGGAGAUUACAAGAAAGGUGUUAAAGAGUUUUUGGACUUUGCAUUUAGGGACACCGCUCCUAAUUCUGGGGUAAAGUUAAGGUGUCCUUGCUUGAAUUGUCGAAAUUAUUUUGAUCAAGAUCGAGAUACUAUGCGGGCUCAUCUUUUUCGAGUCGGAAUAGAUCCUGAUUACAAUCCAUGGAUUUUUCAUGGAGAGGAACAAUCCUUUGAAGUCACGGAUGAAGAGAUGUCCGAAGAGGAAGGUGAUGACUUUGAGGAUGAAGAUCCCCUUGUGUCUGAUGACUUAGCUUCUUUGGUGCGUGAGGCCACAAAUGUAGUUGUAGAACCUCAAGUUUCAGAUGAUAGGGAUAGGGGUGAUGAUGAACUCCCUGACAAGUUUCACAAAUUGAUGAAAGAUGCACAAGAAGAGCUUUAUCCAGGGUGUAAGACAUUCUCAAGAUUAGAGUUCAUUGUAACUCUUUUGCAACUUAAGGUGAGUGGUCGUUGGAGUGAUAAGUCAUUUAAUGGGUUGCUUAAUGCAUUGCACAAGGCCUUUAAUUAUGAUGUGAGCUUCCCUAAGAGUUCAUAUGAAGCAAAAAAGUACACAAAAGAUCUUGGAUUGAACUAUGUGAAGAUUCAUGCUUGUGUGAACCAUUGUAUUCUUUAUAGAAAAGACUAUGCUAACAUUGAUGCAUGUCCUAUUUGUGGGGAGUCUCGAUGGAAAGCAAGUCACAACAAUUGCCAUGCUGUCUUGCCUUUCUGUGUUAGUCAUGUUUAUUAUGUUGCUCACUGCUCACUCAAGACAACAGGAAUAGAUUGGCAUCAAAUGACUUACAUCAAAUAUGCUGGCCACAUUUUCUUUGACUGUAGACCAUUAUUUUAGGCUUAAACUUACUCAUUAGACAUUGCUAUUCUUUGUUCUCUAAUCGCCAGUUGCUCACUUGACAUUAUUUUGAUUGGUGUAUAAAUAUCUAUAGCCACAGUAAAGAAUACAGUAGACAGAAAUGUAAACUUUGGAACAAGUAAAGGUCUAGUCAAUCCAAGGUUCCAAGCAAUUUCUAUGCUACUGUAGAUUGGUUUUUCUUUCUUUGGUUCCUCACAAGAAAAGUUCAGAGGGAACAGAAAAGAAAAUGGCAUUCCUUGUUUUGAAAAGAAAAGUUCAGAGGCUGCAGUUGUUUCUUUGACAGUUGCAGAUUCUUAUAAACAAAAAUAUGACUAAUAUAAAUGACUUGUUCUGUAAUGUUUCUUUGAUGGAUUACCGAAGGCAUAAAGAUGGUAGUUUUGAUGAAGAGGGUGAAGCAAAGUUCCACGAAUUUAAAACGUUACACGAGAAAGAAAUUCAAGAGAAUGGCAUUGAUAAUCUUUCCAUAGACGAGGCUUACAUGAAGGUGCUUGGCCAUUGUUCGGGGUAUGCCCGGGGCCUUGGUAAAGGACAUCCGGUGGUGGACAAGGGUGGGAAGAAAGGCAAAGCAGAAUUGGAGGCUGAGAUUCAACAACUAAGAGGUAAUAACAAUGCAAUGCAAGCUGAAUUAGAUUUCCUAAAAGCUGAAAGUCAGAGAAAGGAAAAGGAGGCUAAAGAAAGAGAGGAAAGACUGGAAAAGAAGAUUGAGGUCAUUAUGACUUCACUUGGGCUUUGAUCAGACUUUGUGAGUUGCUCCAGUAGCUACUUCUCCAUCUUUCGUUAUCAUUCUCUCUGUUCGUGUACAUGAUCGAUCCAUGAUUAUGUGAAAUGCAGGAAGAUAAGUGGUUUAUCAAAUAGCAGCUCUUCUUUGGAUUUCUUAACUGGUCUUACAUCCUUACAGAACUUAUCAUCACUCCUUUGUGUUAUGAUAUGUGUUUGUCAGGAUCAGUUGAAGUUGCUACAGUUUUAUAGAGCAGCUGAAGAGAUCUUGUGACCGAGUUCCUGAGGCUCUCAUUUUUUGGCGACUUGUCAGCAUGGUGCUCUUGCUAUGAAGAAAUGUUAGUGGACUCUUCCUGACUAUCUCAGUCUCAGGUGCAGAAAAUGUGAUUCGUCUAGAAUUUUCUGGUUUUAUGUGGUAUCUGAUUUGUACAUUGAACAUUUUAGUUGAGAGUGUAAAGAUUUAGCCGCUGCAAAGCUUAGUUGGUGCAGAAAAUGUCAAAUAGUGAUUUGGUAGUGUAGAUACAUCAGACUGUGUUCUUAUUAUUGAGACGUACAUGUGGUAUUUCAGAAAUUGCAAGGUGUAUUACGUGA